AUGGGAUUCCUCGGAAUUGUGACGAUUUUUGCUGUGGUAUUCAUCGCUGCCUACACCGAAGCUGGACCCGCCAAUUGUCCACUGCCAUCAAAAGUGUACAGCUGCAGUCCGAAAUGCCAUGACAACUACGACUGCAGUCAUGGCAAGGCUUGCUGCCCAAACAGCUGCAAUGCCAAGUCCUGUGUCGACUUAGCAGCUGUUGGGGGAGGGAAUAAUGAUAAGUAUUCACAGUCUGGCGGCGCCGGUGUGUACUGCAACAAUCAGAAGUGCAGCCCCUUCGAGAAAUGCAAACUGGACCCUGCCACCAAAAGAAUGAAAUGUAUGAGAGCUUAA